AUGGGUAUGAUCGGCUCGCGGGAUGCCUCCUUCCUCGCCAUGAACGACCAUCCAAUCGAUACUGCCCCACUCAUCACAGCAAUCUCCUGCUUCACAGAUGACUCCCCCGCCGGGGUCCGCCGCAGCCGAUUGUCCACCGGCGUCAAUAUCUGGCACAACCAGUUCACCCGGCAGCCGCUACCUCAGGUUCUGGAAAACCCUCAUCCUAUCACCGCGCCCUUCUCCUCUUGCAUCAGCAGGCCGACGACAGUUUCGCUGUUCGAUUCCGCCAUCGCCGACGCCACUGCUGGCGGGUUUUCGGAAGGCAGCUUGGGCUGCAACGGCGGCGCGGGAUGGUUCGUAAAUUCGGUCGCUCAGUCGUCUUCUGCGCCGUGUAAGGACUGCGGGAACCAGGCGAAGAAGGACUGCAUCCACCAGCGGUGCAGAACUUGCUGCAAGAGCCGAGGGUUCGACUGCGCCACUCACGUAAGGAGCUCGUGGGUUCCUGCUGCUCGGCGUCGCGAGCGGCAGAUUUCAGGGGCAGCCAACCCCGUUGAGGGUGGCGGCGAUGGCGGGGCGGGCACCAAGAAGCCUCGCCUGUUCCCGUCGGAUGUGCAGGCUUCUAAUGCUUCGGCAGCUACCCACACGUCCACUUCGAAUACCACCACCACUCCCCCUCGAAGCUACAACACCAGCUCGGGCCAUCGAGGUAAGAUCAGUUGUGACGGCAUCCACUUAUCUACGUAAUGAAUGAUUCGACCUAUGCUCAUACGAAAACUUCCAGUUCGAAUGAUCCCACCCCACAGUCUUGAUGCAUAAUCCUCCCUUUAUUUCUGCGUUUCCUGUCAAUAAUUUCCACACUAUCCGUAUAAGGGAAAAAAGGUAUAUUUUUACAUCCUAUCUUCUUCCAGCCUGGAGAGUCCGGGAGAACUUGACGGGACAGCUGAGAGCGCCGGCUGUGUUCAAGUGCUUGAGGAUGACGUCCGUUGAGGACGGGGAGGACGAGCUCGCUUACCAGGCAGAAGUCAGAAUCGGGGGGCACGUUUUCAAGGGUUUCCUCUACGACCAAGGCGUGGAGGAAGCGGACGUCAUGAACACCGACCAUGACGCCGCUCUUCGCGCCAUCCGCAGUGGCCACGGCGAUCAUGCGGGCAACGUGCAUAACCAUGGCAGUAUGCCGAGCCUCUCUGAGAUACAUUUGGGACCAGCUGGUGCUGUUGGUAAUGGCGGACGCCCCCCGGAUAUGUACUCUGCCUUGGGUCCCGGGGGUGGACAAAGGUGA